CAGCCCUCGCGUUCAGCCAACCAGAAAGGAGAAAGAGGAGAGGUGGCUAUUAAAUGGAUACGAAUACUUGGAGAUUUGUCUGCUUUUCUGCGGGUUUUAAGACCACGUUUGCCACGUCUGCGGAUCUGGUGAAUGAGACUGAAAGCUGUCUGAAAAGCGCAUCUUCAAGUAACCAGAAUGGAAGGUACCUUUUGGAUUCUCUUUGGGACACUGGCUUUGGUGAAUGGUGCUCUCAUUCCAGAACCAGAAGUCAAAAUCGAAGUUCUCCAUAAACCUUUCAUUUGCAAAAGGAAGACCAAGUUUGGAGACCUGAUGUUGGUGCACUAUGAGGGAUAUUUAGAGAAAGAUGGCUCACUGUUUCAUUCCACUCACAAGCAUAAUAAUGGCCAACCAACGUGGUUUACUCUUGGUAUAAAGGAAGUUAUCCAAGGCUGGGACAAAGGUUUGAAAGAGAUGUGUGUAGGAGAGAAGCGCAAAUUAACAAUACCUUCAUCCCUAGCUUAUGGAAAAGAAGGCAAAGGAAAAAUUCCACCUGAAAGCACACUGAUCUUCCACAUUGACCUUUUAGAAAUCAGAAAUGGACCAAGAUCUCACGAGUCCUUUCAAGAGAUGGAUCUUGAUGAUGAUUGGAAGCUAUCUAAAGAAGAGGUAAAAAAGUAUUUGAAGAUGGAAUUUGAAAGACAUGGUGCACCAAUUAAUGUAAGCCACCAUGAUAUUUUGGUUAAAGACAUAUUUAAUAAAGAAGAUGAGGACAAUGAUGGCUUUAUAUCUGCAAGAGAAUUUGUUUAUAAGCAUGAUGAACUAUGAAACAUUGUGUAAAAGGUGACUUAAAAAAAGCAAGUUUGCAAAAUGAAUGGUUCUUUAAAAAAAAUUUUGAGCUGUUACUCAUCAAUGUGUGCAUACAUUAUAACACCUAUUUUUCUACAAGAUCUAUUCCUGACACUAAAUGAUACAAUAUUUAAAUAUAGGACUUAAAUAUUUUAAGGUUUUUAUUUAGGUAGAAGCAUUAUGUGUUGAAGAACAUGAAAUUAAAACAUUUCCAAAAACAAAUAAUAUUGAAAAUACAAUUGUUUACAUUGAAGUAUUUAUUAAGAAUACAUCCGUUGUUCAAGUAUUUCAUUUCUGUGCUCUUAGAACUCUUAAUAUUUUAAAUGAUAGUUGUCACAUUGUGUUAGUAGAUCUCAUUGUUUGUAUAAUUUAUAUAGGACCAAAGAUCUCUUUUAUCAGCAACAUUUUUUGUUAAAAAAAAUAAA